AUGGCCAUCGCUCCGUUCAGUCGCAGACAGUGGGCCUCCCACUCCGUCAGAGUCACAGCUAAGGAGUUGUCCAUAGUUGGCACCAGAGGCAAGAACAACGCCAUUGCUGAGCGCUUCUCCAAAUACCAACUGGCUGCAGAGGAGGGCAACUCGGAGAGGAAGAAAGCAGUAAGUAUCCACAGUGGCAACCUGAGUGUGUUGAAGAAGUGGUGGGAGCAGCCUGUCCAGUCCUCAGCCACGUCCUGCGCCCCGCUACCCCACACCACCCACACUCGCUGCUUACUCCCCUUAAACCCUAAAGCCAAGCAUCAGAUCCAGCCUCAGGCCACUCAGGCCCAGCCACCUCUCUCACCAGACCCCAACACCAGCCCCACAGCCGCUGAGGACCAGGCAGGACCAGGCAUGGAGAGAGAACUGCAGCAGAGAGACCCAGAGAGGCAGGAGGCAGUAGCAGAAGUACCUUGUGUCCCCAGUGAGAAGCCCAACAUGCCCCUCAACAACCUCAAGAUGAUGUUCGAGAAAGGAGAGAACCAGCAGAUCAAAGUGUCCAGAGCACCUGUGAGGAUCGGAGGCAUCACUGAUAACAUGGACCAGCUACUUGGAGAUGCAGGGAGUAUGGAGACCAUGCCCCUGAGGGACAGGAUGGCCAUGUACCAGGCUGCUGUGUCUAAAACCGAGGCGUUAUCUUCCUCAGUCAGCAGUGAUCAGUUGGACUCAGACCUCCUCUGCAGCAGCAAACAGAAGGAGAAUGUACCUCCAGGCAGUGGGGACAUGGGUUCGGACUCUGAGCCCAACAGUAGGAAAGCCUCUUCCACAGAGAGCAAUGCAGGCUCCAGUAUCGUCACCACCUCUGUAUCCUCGACCCAGAACGACCAAGCUCAGCCAAAGAACCCCAGGAGCUUCUGCUUGCCUGCACAGGAGAGCUGUGUGUCGUGUCAGAAGACCGUCUACCCUCUGGAGAGACUGGUGGCCAACAAACAGGUCUACCACAACACCUGCUUCAGAUGCUCCCACUGCAACACCAAACUCAGCCUGGGAACCUACGCCUCUCUGCACAGCCAUGUCUAUUGCAAGCCUCACUUCUGUCAGCUGUUCAAGGCCAAGGGCAACUAUGACGAGGGCUUUGGCCUGCGCCCUCACAAGGAGCUGUGGGAGACCAAAGGAGAGAGUGGGGCUGGGGAGGAACAGCGGACCGAACAGACCACAGAGGUCACCUCCCUCUCCAAAGACAAGCUGAAGAAGUGUGCCUCUACCGGCACACUGUUGAUCAGCCCAGCAGUAGAGGAGUCUCCACUGGCCAAGGUCAAUGUGGUAACAGCCUCCCUAGAGACCCGUACCCAGAUCUCCGCAGAGAAGGACAAGCCAGUAGAGACACGUCGGCUGAAGAUUUCCUGGCCUCCCCGCACCGAAGGAGAUGGAGAGGGGGGUAACAUGGGGUCCAGCCCCACCUCAGACGGGAGCUCCGGUGGCAGACCAUCCCGUGCCAAGUGGCCCCCAGAGGGUGACUCGGCCUUCCCCGACCAGAGCCCAGAGUCCACCGAACGCUCCACCCUCUGCAGGAGCUCCUCCCUCAAAGAGCGCAGCCAGCCCUUCUCAUUGGCCAGCCCCUCCCAUGCUCCUGCCCCUGCUGCCAGUCAGACAGCCAAUCCUGAGCCAGAACAGCUGGAGAGGAUGAGCUCAUUGGAGGACAGGGAGCCUGAGCCGGCCUCCAGUCCUGAGGAACAGAGCAUAGAGGUCCAGGAACAAUCUGACAGCCUGUCACCUGACUACCACACACCUUCUGACGACAGCUAUGUGGAUGUCCAAACCAGCUCUGAGGAGGAGGGGAGAGAAGCACCUCUAAAAGAGAACCACCACGAAUCACUAGAGUCAAAAGAAGAACCGGGAGCGAAGGAGGACUGGGAUGAUGAAGAACAAGAAGAGGAGAAGAUGGAGGGAGAAGAAGAUGGGGAAGGGUUACCUUCUCAAAACUGCCAGACUGCCUCGUCAGAGAUCGUCACGCCCCCCUCGUCUCCGGAGGCGGAUCCUAGACCCAAGACCAACCACAUGUCUCAGGAUGUGGGCUUCUGGGAUGGCGAGGAGGCUGUGUCUGUAGAGGAGAUGAUUAAGAGGAACCGCUACUAUGAGGAAGAUGAGGACUGA